UGUUAAUUGGCAAAAAUGUUCAGAAAGAAGUCAGAUUAUGAGCGGCCAAGGUUGUUCAGAAAACAAACUCCUAAGUGGCGCGGGGGAUCACCAAAAUCCUUGAAAUCAGAGGAACCAGAUGAGAUAAAUAAACUAGAAGGAAAGAUAACUAGACAACCUGUUGAAGAAGGAGAAGAAGGGUAUAAAGAAAUGGUCCCGGAGAGGGAAAUGAACAAGAUGAAGGAGAAGGAGGAGAAGGAGAGGAAUGAGGAGAAGGAGGGGGAGGCGGAGAAGGUGGAAAAAGGGGAAGGGGAAACUAGUGAAAGUUCUGUCAUAUCUCGAGAAAGACGAUCGUCCUCUCCAGUCAAUAUCGUGGUUGUUGAGAACAAUACAUCAAUAUUAAGACGACCUUCAAUAAUUAAAUUUCCUCUCCCUGAUCAUAUGGAGCACCAUCCUAGAAUGGAAAAACGGAACAGUGUAACAUUCAUUGAUGAACCUGAUCUUAUUCCUGAUCUUUUACCAUCAUCAGCUGCAGUUCAUGAGAGUACACCUAUAUAUCUCUCAGAUCAAGAAAUUCAACCUCCUGUAAUACUGGCAACUGAAGCGAAGGAAACAAACAAAAUAUUCUUUUUUGGAACUGAACCCGAACCUGAACCUGAACCUGAACCUGAACCUGAACCUAAACCUGAACCUGAACCUAAACCGAAACAUAAUUGCAACUCUUUUGAAGAAGAUGAUAAGACAUUUACAGAUUUAAGGUUGGUAACGGAUGGCGAGAUUUCUAAGCUCUCUUCAACCCUUGGAACACUUAAGCUAAAAAAGAUGAGGAAAGACUUGAAUGAUCAGUUUGAUGCGGAGCUAGUGGAUCCUCCUGAAGCUCCGAACCCCACACCUUUCGGCACCCCAGCUCCGCCAUCUUUUUUUGAUAAAUUCGUGUCAGCUGAUUGAUACAAUUCUUUGUCCGCCAUGUUGAAUUUUGAUAAAAAAGGUUUUGUUUUCAAACUGAUUCAUUUUUUCAUGCUUUAAGCAAGAUUGUGACUUAAAUACAAUUUUAUACAGCUGCAACUUUUUAUAAAAACUUGACAACAAUUUUACAGCAAGUUUAUCAAUAAUCUAUAAUAUUAGAACCACUCUUUCCUUCUUAUUAAUUUUCAUGCAUUUAGGCAGUAAACAUUAAAUAUAUUUCUUUAAAUGUAUUUUUAAGUUUUAUGUUUGCCUUAAAAACGUAUGCAUUUAUGAAAUAUACUCUAAAACUUAUAGAACAAAUGUACAAUAUUUGUACACCAUUAAUGCAUAAUCUAAUAAUGAUUGACCCCUUUUCGAUCCAAAAUGAAAAUUUUGAUUUAUUUAAUUUCUUAUUUGAAAUAAUUUUUCAACCGUUUCUAUUGUAUUUUUAAGUUUUACAUUUGCCUUAAAAACGUACGCAUUUCUAAAAUCCUCUAAAAUUUAAAGAACAAUAUAAUCUAAUAAUGAUUGACCUCCCCCCCCCUUUCGAUCCAAAAUCAAAAUUUUCUUUUUGUUUUAUUUUAUUUCUUAUACAAUAUUUGUAACAGCUUCGAUUGUAUUAUAAAUUAUGAUCAUGAAAACAGUUCAUUAAUUAUAGAUAAAAGGGAUUCUAAUAAUUUUUGUCAAAUUGUCACUAUUCAAUGUUCUAAUUUUUAUGUUCAUAAAAGGAAAAAACUUAUUUUUCCUUUCUCAAAAGAAAAUUGCAUUAAAAAUCUUUUAUUUAAAUUUUCAU